CUAGAGUCCUUUCGUUUUUGAACGUCCAGCUUGCAAAAAAGUUUACAAGUUUUAAAGUAAUAGUUUGACAAUAUGCCUUCUCAAACCAAGGAGAGUUCUGCGGAGCCUACGUAUGAGUAUCACGGUGGUGCCCCUCCACCAAAAGCAACAGACAAGAUUGUCCAACCUGCCCAAGAAGAAGCGGAGGUGAAAGAUGCCAUCAUCCACGAAACUGUUGCUGAAGUGGAACGCGAAGAGAUCCAGCCUGUCGUUGAAAGAGAGCGGAUUCAGACAGAAAUUCAGCAGGUCGUGCAACCUGUUUUGGAUGUUGUGACCGAGGCACCUACAGUGGAGAAGGUCGAGUUGCAGGAGGAGAAACACAGAUAUCGCGAGAAAGUCAAAGAGGCCGACCUAGAGCGAUACCAGGAACAAGCCGAUGCAUUCAAGGACGAGAUUCAUGAAAGUGCUGUUAUCCACGAAAAGGUUUAUAAAGAGCCUAUCAUCCACGAAACAGUCAAGACAAAGAUAAUCACAGAAGUGCAACCCGUCAUUGAGCGAGUUAUCCAUAAAACUCAUGUCGUGGAAGAAACCAAACCAAUUAAGGAGACUUUUAUUAAAGCACCUGUUGUCCAUGACCAGGAGAUUGCUCCUCCUAUAUCCAUGGAAGAGUUUGAGACGCUCAGCAAGUCACCUGAAAAGACUCCGACAAAGAGAAAGUCAAGGGCCUCACUUAGCCCUUCCCCACUUGAUGGCGACGGGCCCAUGACGCGAUUGAAACGAAAAAAGUUGGCUGAGGCAACAGAAAGUGAAACCGGGCCAGCCGAAGUGACAGAGCUUGUGGAUGAUGGUUAUGUCGAGGUCGACCAGCCGUCUCUAAAGCCCUCCACCAUCCACGGUACGGUAGAAAAAAUUGUGGGAGCUGUUGAGGCUGGUGUUGGCGAAUUGAUUGGAAAUGAUGGGUUGGUAGCUAAAGGCCAAGCAAGAAAGGUCGAAGGGGAGUUGGAAAUUGAGGCUGCACAGGCAGCCAAGAAGCGGAAAGUGGAUGUUUGAAAACUUUUGAUAAUUGAUGACGGUGUAAAUAUGUGCGAAAUAUGAUUUUUUUGGAAUAGCAAACGUUCUUUGCAACGCUCACCCGAAACAAGACCUCUAUAUCUCGCAUAUCUACAAUAUUGGGUAUCUACACAACAAACAGGGUUUGGGGGGACCUGAUUGUAAAUGAUUGUAGUUAUAUUUGGUUGUCA